UAUAAAAGAGCAAGCGAUCGGGGUAUCGUCAUAUUUCUCCUUCAUUGCAAGAGAGAUUUUGAGCGGCUCUGACAACAAGUCUAUCAACGACACAGCGACCAUUCACCUGACAGCUGUUUUCCAGUAUAUACUGAGGAUUAUCAACUGUGUGCGAAACUCUUAUAAGACUCCAUCAUGCUGAUAAAUGACAAAGUCGAAAAAGUCAAGCGCCUCCCUGGCGUUGUCCCUCACACCACCACCCUCCCCGACGGCCGCUUAGUCAUCAUCGACACCAUGAGCGACUCCCAGCUGUCGGAAACCUUCGGCCUCAUCCAAGCUGCGGCCCAGAGCGGCCAUGGUUUUGGGGUGGAUGAAUACACCUCAGAGAAGGAAUUCCGUGAAGACAUCGACGGCAGCUUCAACUUCGCCGUAAUGAGCAAGGACACUGGAGAGAUGGUUGCUGCAUUUAUGUUGGCCAUCAGCAAGUAUUACCGUGGCUGCAGCGUUGCCGACCCUUUCAUCAUUGUAAAGAAGUCAGAGAGAGGCAAGGGAAUCGGCGAGUUUUGUCUCCAGAUGUGUGUUGACUUUGCUCAAGAUUUGAACUUCAUGGGAAUGUAUGUGGACACUUUCAGCAACAACCGUGGCAUGAUCAAAAUCAUCGAAAAUGUUGGCGGAUUCACCCAAGUCGGGUGUCUUCCCAUGGGCGGCAAGAUGAAAGAUGGUUCCAUUGUAAGUUCAGUCAUCUUCUACAAAGAUUUCAAUCCAUAAACUAUUGACUUUUCUUCCAUGGCUUUAUCUCCAUUACGUCUCUACGUAGUGUACACGUCAUCGCGGCUGUGAUGACGUCACAACAAGGUGUUAUCUGCAUGAACCACAGGUAACACUCAGAGAGAGCCACUUCCGGUUAGAAGAAGCCCAGUUCCGCUUUCGUUCGCUGUCCAGUGCGAAUGGUGGAGCCUGCUCGGUAUAUAGCUACGCUGGGUCAACCGGAUUGCCUUGUAGACUGGUAAACAUCGGAUUGAAUAGAAAUGUGCAAUGAGAAACGUAUUGUUCAUGCAACAGUAUUUGUUAGUCUCGCAAUAAAAAGAAUAAACAUAAUAUUAGCAAAA